AUGGUACGUAGAUCGUGGCUGUUAUCGAGACAGUUGAAAGAAAUAUCAAAAAGAAGUUUGAGCCAAUUUAAGGUGGGUAAUUUUAAAUUCAUGCAUCUUUUUAUUAAAAUUCGAGUUAGGAAUUUUCAAAGGUUGAUAUUAUGAAUUAGAAAUUAAUGUAGCAAAAUUUUCCGUUUGUAAACUUUCUUGUGAUAAAAGUUUGUUUUUUGAAUCACCUUGAAAAAUAUGUUGUGAAUCAAUUAUAAAAUCAUAAUUUUUUUUUUUUUUGAAGGAUGCUUCAAAUGUUCCACUUUCACAACCUCUCGACGGAGGUUUAUCAACUUCUGCCAAGCCCGUUGGCGUCGGAAAAACCUUCCGCGAAACAAAAAUGACCAAACUUUCUAAUGGAGUUCGUGUUUGCUCAGAACCUCAUUUCGGAGACUAUUGUACAAUAGGAGGUUUCUACUUUAAUACAUCAACACCGAUUUUCGGGAAUUUUAAGUUGCAAUCGAAAGCGGCUGCCGAUUCGAAAGUUCAUUCACAAAAGGCGUAUCGCACAUCGUUGAAAAGUUGGCGUUUGGGGUAGUUUUUUUAUUUCUCGUCCGUUUUCAUCAACUUUUAUUCCAGGUGUAACUUAGUAAGAGAUUCAGGCUACGAAUCGGUUUCCAUCUCGCGAUGAAAUCCAUUCUGUUUUGGAAAAAAGCGGCGGCAUCAUUGAUUGUCAGAGCACGAGGGUUUGAAGCCUUACAAAUAAGUCUCUAAAAGAGUCUCAGGACACUUUCCUUUACGCGGGCAGCUGCCAUGUAACUGGCGUCGACGCCGUCGUCGAAGUCCUGGCCAACGCCGUUUGGAUGCCUUUGCUCCAACAAGACGAGGUCACAUUCAUCUGCUUUUUCCCCAGCUAGAAUUCUGUUUUCAAGGUCGAGGAGGCGAAAAUGAUAACCCUGUACGAAAUAGAGGACAUGACGAGGAAGAUUGAAUGCGAACCCCUGAUAACUGAUUGGAUACAUCAGGUUUUUUUUUUCGACUUUUCGCGCAACGUAGUUUUCGAAUGAAAUUCAGAACUGUCACUUUUCAGUUCGUUAUAACUUGUUUGGUAGUUUUCUCAAAUAGUUUUUGAUUAUUUUCAUACGUUGUUUUCUUCAAGAUAUCUGUACUGAUUUUCUUCGUAAGAAAACAUUUGACAGUAGUUAAACAUUUAUUUAGUUUUUCUGCUUGAAUCUUAAAGUAGGAAAGAGACAAAAAAAAAAUAAAAUGAUAAGAGUGUUUUGAAGUUUAUCGCAAAAAUUCACUACGCGUAAAAAUGCCAUUUACGUUUCACAAAAAAAAAAUUGUAAACGGCUGACUUCAGGCAGCCUUCAAAGGAAACACGUUAGGGUUCUCGAAAUUUGCGACUUCUGAAACGCUUCCAAAAAUCACAAGUCGCGAUGUCGCCACCUAUCUCAGUCAGAUGCACUCUCCCCCGAGAAUGGUCGUUGCUGGUGCUCUUCCGUUGGAUUUUCUGUCUCGAAGCCGAGUUUUCCAGGGAUCGGAGUAGAUCAUGAUGCUUUCGUGACUGCAGUAGAACGGCAUUUUCAACUGAACCAAGCAACGUGGAACGUUGAUCGCCAACUGCUACUCCCGAAAGUCCCUGCCGUUGAUGACUCUUUGGCACAAUACACUGGUGGAGAGAUACGGGUAUGUCUACUUGAUUCGAAAAAAAAAAGUUUUAGGGCUGUGAAGUCUCCAAAAACAGUUAUUUCAAUGAAGAGAACCCUUUUGAGGGCUUAGCCUAUUUUUAUUGACAAGGGAGAUCGUUUUAGUGUGAAGUUGGUAAUAUUUUCGCGCAAGCACUCUUCAGAGGUUCAAGAAAGAUCCCUCAUAGGCGUUCACUUGUUUCAAAGAGACAGGUUUUGAAGUGACCUUGAUUAUUUACUGAAAACUAAUUUUUGAAGAAUAUAUCUAUUUUUUUGGGUGGUAUGAAAAAAAGACCAGCGAAACUUCAAACGGCGACUUUUUUCGAUUUUUUCAUAUCGCUAGGGAGCUGUUCGACAAAUCUUUUUUUCCCUUUUUUUUCAAUAAAAUCUUCGUUUUAAAUCUUCUUUUAUGAAGUAGGCAAUAUAUUCAUGAUUUAAAAAAAAAAUGGGAAAAAAAGUGUUAAUAGAUGUUUUAUAAACCGAAAAAUAUAAGGGAAAAAAGUCGUAAAGGGAUUCGUCUGAAAGCUCCCUAGCGAUACUUGAAAAUCGGAAAAGUAAAAAAAAAAGAACUUCGCGUCUUUUCUGAAUUGUUCGUUCUGUAAAAAUUAUCAAAGGUAUUUUUUGUCAGCAAGGGGCCGACUUGUCCUUGCUAGGCGUCGGCACGCCUUACCCUCAUCUUGCCCACGUGGUUCUCGGCUUCCAGGGCUGCAGCUUCAAGUUUAUCCUUGCAAGAUAUGUUUUCUAAUUGGAUGUUCUAGAGACGAUGACUUUGUACCUUUCUGCGUGUUGCAAUCUCUCCUCGGCGGCGGUGGAUCUUUCUCUGCCGGCGGUCCUGGCAAGGGCAUGUACGCUCGUCUGUACACGCAAGUUAUGAACAGGUGCGUAAUCUGAUUGGCUUCUGAUGAGUAUACCAGAAAACUGGUUCCGAGUUGAACCUAAGAAAAUGAAUUGAAGGUGUCACUGGAUCUACAGUGCCGUGGCGCAAAACCAUUCUUACUCUGAUGACGGCCUGUUCUGCAUUCACGCCAGCUGUCCACCCAACCGGGUGAGUGCUCUUGACUUCAGUCGAGCACUGUUUGUUCGAGAAGCUGGAGUGAUUUAAAAAAAGCCCAGAAGUAGUGCACAACCGAGAGAAUACUUUCCGUAUGAUAAUAUUGGAGUUUCAGUUACAAGAUGCUCUGGUUGUUGUGAUGGACCAAUUCCUAUCUUUGCGAAAAGGCACAGACAAACAAGAGCUGGAGAGGUUUGCAUCGGAAUUUUUAAACCUUUGGUUCUAUUUUUUUGUUUGGAAAGUCUUCAAAAUGAACAAAGGUAUUUCUUUUAUAAUUUUCCAAACUAGAAGGGAGGGAAAUGAAUUGAAUUUUUUGAUAUGCACAUCGUACUAUUCUUAGAGAGCGGGCUAUGAUUGAAGUUCUUGGAGCCAAAUUCGAACUAUUCAGUGAAACGAAAGGCUUUUCACAAGAUAUUCAAUAAAAAAUUAAAUCAAUUUUUCGAAAUUCCCUAAACUGUGAAUUUAAGGUAGCCAUAUAUUAUAGAGGGCGAAAGUGCAGCCUCUUCCUAUAAAAUUAGAUUUUUAAUGGUUUUAAUAAUAAGGAAAACGUUACCUACCGAAAAUUAAGGCACUGAUGCAUUUUUAAUGUUUGAAAGAAGAGUGAGAUUUUUUUCAUCGAGAGAUAUUUUUUUACGAGUUUGUUCUGCGAGGAAUCAGAACCUCAACUAAUCAGAAUAACGAAAAAAAUGUCUCUAAAAAUGUUGGGUUAAGGGCGAAAGUGCAGCUGAAGUCGCACCUGAUGAUGAAUCUGGAGGUGAGACCAGUGAUGUUCGAAGAUCUUGCGCGCCAAGUUCUGGGCCACGGAACGCGAAGAAGACCUGACGAUUACGCUGCCAAAAUAGGUAAGAUUCCAAUAUUCAUUCAUUUUCCGUCAUGAUGGCUUCUGCAGAAAAUGUCACGAACAGCGAUAUUAUCAGAAUAGCUGAACGGAUGUUGGCGACGAAACCGUCUCUAGUCGGCUAUGGGGAACUCGACAAACUUCAGGUGGAUUUUUCGUACUCGUAUUAAAACAAUUUCCUUCCUCAGACGUACACUGCUGUCGACCAAGCAGCGGCCAAACGCAACGUCGAGCCUCUCACGAAGCCAUCAAAGUUCUUCCGUUUUGGAAAAUGA